GAAGAAGACGACCUUAUUCAGGAUUUCAUAUCUGAUAAUCAUACAUGUGAUGUUCAGUCAGACACGUCGGUAGGUGAUCACGUUAAGUACCCAAGCAUUCGUCUGACAACGGAUCACAACAAUCAAGUUAACCAUGGCUAACGAGCCAGUGAGUGUGAUGUUCAAGGUCUACUGUCUGUCAGUGAUGACACUGGUGGCAGCAACUUACACCGUGGUAUUACGAUACACAAGGACAGUAUCAUCAACAGUUAUGUACUUCUCUACAACAGCCGUAUGCAUCACGGAAGUUAUUAAAUUAUUCUUGAGCCUUGGGAUGUUGACCAAAGAAACUGGCAGCUUUGGCAGGUUAAAAGCGUCCAUAGUUGAACAUGUAUUUUGGAGUCCAAAAGAGCUGCUGAAACUGAGUGUUCCCUCUGUGGUCUAUGCAGUUCAGAAUAACAUGGCCUUUAUCGCCUUGAGCAAUCUUGAUGCAGCUGUGUAUCAGGUGACCUAUCAAUUGAAGAUCCCGUGCACAGCCUUGUGCAUGGUCCUCAUGCUGAACCGCUCUCUCAGCAGGCUGCAGUGGUUCUCAGUCUUUAUGCUGUGUUUAGGUGUCACACUGGUCCAGUGGAAACCGGCAGAGGCCACUAAAGUCCAGGUGGAGCAGAACCCAUUUGUGGGGUUUAUGGCCAUUGCUGUGGCUGUGUUGUGCUCCGGGUUUGCAGGUGUGUACUUUGAGAAGGUCCUAAAGAGCUCAGACACAUCCCUAUGGGUGAGGAAUAUCCAGAUGUACCUGUCUGGCAUUGUGGUCACCCUCGCUGGAGUUUACAUGACUGAGGGCGCUCAGGUCAUGGAGAAAGGCUUCUUCUACGGUUACACGCCUUGGGUGUGCUUUGUAGUCUUUUUGGCCAGUGUGGGUGGUUUGUACACAUCAGUGGUGGUGAAGUACACAGACAAUAUCAUGAAAGGCUUCUCUGCUGCAGCCGCCAUCGUUCUCUCUACUGUGGCAUCCGUCACUCUGUUUGGGCUACAGAUAACUGCUACCUUUGCUUGUGGAGCAAUGCUGGUGUGUGUCUCCAUAUACCUUUAUGGACUUCCGAAACAAGACACCACCAAGCUUCCAAGAGCAGACACAGACAAGGAGGCCAGGCAGAAACUGAUCACUGUUUGAAGCCUGGGUCUGGAAUAGCAAAGGUUUAUGGUCUUUCCUGACCUCUGUGUUGGAGCUGCCCAUGGAGCUGCCCUCUUUCACACUGCGGUCUACUGUUGUCCCAUAAGAGCGUCGGCAAGGAACGUCAAUCUAGAUGAAUCAUUAUAUCAGUAAUGAUGGAGCAUAAAGUAAGGGAAGUGUGGCGCUGAGGCAGAAUGUAUACAUAGAAAAUAAAUACCAUUUGGGUUUUUAUUCCUUA